AUGAUUAUUAAUUUCCAUUGGGGCCAAUUGACGGGCGGGCCGUAUUACCAGGUCGAGCUUGGGAGAUUGGACGGUCGGGUAACGUCGAAAGCCAACGUCAAACACAAUCUUCCUGGCCCAGGAUACAACUUGGAUCAGCUCAAUGCGGUGUUCGCCGCGAACGGGCUCACGCAAACCGACAUGAUCGCGCUCUCCGGUGCUCACACAAUCGGAGUCACCCACUGCGACAAGUUCAUUCGCCGGAUCUAUCGGUUCAAGCAGCCGCUGGCGUUCAAUCCGCCGAUGAACCUGACCUUCUUGCGCCAGAUGCGCCAGAUCUGCCCGUUGAACUACAACCCGUCGACCUUCGCAAUGUUGGAUCCGACCACACCGUUUAAGUUCGACAACGCGUACUACCAGAAUCUACAGAAAGAGAUGGGCCUGUUGGCCUCGGACCAGAUCUUGUUCACCGACCAGAGGUCGCGGGGACUAGUAAACUGGUUCGCGUCGAACCAGACCGCGUUCGAGGAGGCGUUCGUGGCUGCUAUGACUAAGCUCGGGAGGGUCGGGGUUAAGAAUGCGACCGAAGGAGAGAUUCGGCGGGUCUGCACCGCCGUGAACUAGAUUGGAUUGGAUUGGAUUGGAUUGGAUUGGAGUAU